CAUAUUAUUAAUGAUUAAUAAUAUGCAAGCUGGUAUGUGACAAUAAUUAUUUGCAUAUCUUAUUUCCAUAAUAUUAAAACAUAUAUUAUAAUUUUAAAAACUUUAAGGGAACUGAAUAAAAAAUAAACAAAAAAAAUUAUUAAAGAUAUUUUGUUAAAAUAUCCUUUAUUUGUCUUUAUAAGUAUAUAUAAUUAAUUCUUUUUUAUUUUAAAAACAAAAUAUCAUUUGUGUGAAAGUGUGUUUAUCAAUUUAAUAACAUUAUAAUUAUCAUUUUUUUCAUUCAUUGUUCAGAAGAGCGAAUGGAACAACGACUAACCCAGCUUGAAAAAACUAUAGGUGAUUUAGUGAGUCACAUUAUGCCACCUUCAACUGCUACUGAUGUAUCAUCUUCAUCGACAACUACAGGGCCAUCUUCAUUGGCUUCUGCUGGGUCAUCUUUAUCGACUUCUGCUGAGCCCUCUACGUCUGCAAUUGCUGUGCAAACAACACCUGUUGUGUCUGAUCUAACAUAUGCUGCAUAUCAAGAAUAUAGGUCCCAGCACCAUGGUCCUUACUCCAAUAAAUCCUAUCUGCGAUGGGUAAGGAAUGGGGGUAGUGAUUCCCCUAGUUUUACAUGGACACAUGUGCCCCCAAACCCUGGUGCUGGGACAAGAAGAAGGAAUUACCGCAGAGGGCGUGGUCAGAGAAGAGGCGGUAGCAGUGGGGGAUUUGGAAACUUUUAUGUCUACAAUUCUUAAAGGUUUUCAAGUCCUCCACCAUAACCAAAAAAAGAAUUCUUAUUUCUUAUGUUAAAAAUAUUUAAAUUUACAAAAAGGUUUUCUUCUUUUUUGGUUUGCUUAUAUAUAACUAUAAAGUUGUUUUUUUACAUUUUUGAACAUAGUAAAAAGGCUCCAUCAAAACUAAAAUUUGUGUUUGCACCCAAUAUAAUUGCUAUUAAUUUUUCUAAUAUAUAUGUCUG